CUUCCGCUCCGGGAAGGCGAGGUCGGGGCCGAGAUUACUCCCAGGGCGUUUUGCCUUCCCAGAACUCGGCCUUUCCCCAGCAGGAAGAGGAAAAAAAUGACCAAAUUCCAGGAGGCGGUGACCUUCAAGGACGUGGCCGUGACCUUCACGGAGGAGGAGCUGGGGCUGCUGGACUCCGCCCAGAGGAAGCUGUACCGAGAGGUGAUGCUGGAGAACUUCCGGAACCUGCUCUCAGUGGGGCACCAGUCCUCCAAGCCAGAUAUGAUAUCCCAGUUGGAGAGAGAGGAAAAGCUUUGGAUGAUGGAGGUCCAGACCCAGAGAGGUGGGCAUUCAGGAGCCAGGAAUCACAAUGAGAUGGAGACUCUUCAUGAAACAGGAGUAAGAUUUCUUUCAUUGGGCGAGCUUUCGUGCUGGCACAUCAAGAGACACGUUGUGAGCAAAUUAACCAAAAGACAGGACUCCGUGAUAAAUAUUCAUGGAAAGAAUUCUCAGUCUGCCAAACAACAUAAUUCCUCUGCAGGAGCGUCCAUUCAGGCUUCUGUGGAAGACAGCUGUUUAAUGACUCUUCUAGAGGAUCAUUCUAAUGUUAUUGAAAAUCAAGAAUUUUCAACUGGGAGAGCUCAGAAUUCCUGGAAUAAACUCUAUCUGAAUGGGACUCAGAAUUAUCAGAGAAGUUGUAAGCUGACUCCAGUGAAAAACAAGUUCUGUAUGUUUGUUCCAUGUGCUGAUAUUUUCAGUUGUAUCUCCCCCCACCUCGAUGAUGACACGGUGCACAAAAGAGAGAAAGCUCACGGCAACAGAGAGUGUGGUAAAGAUCUCUUAAAGGCAUCACCUCUGGCCCCGUGCAGUAUUAUUCAAACUGGACCGAAAACCUACCAGUGUAACGAACGUGAGAAAGGAUUCAGUGACCGCACCAGCCUUGAACUUCAUCAGCAGGUACACUUGGGCAGGAAGUCCCCUACAUACAGGACACAUGAGAAGGACAGUGGUUAUAGCUCUGCUAUUCCCAUUCAACAGGGUGUCCUCCCAGGGAAGAAACGCUAUUGGUGUCAUGAGUGCGGGAAGGGCUUCAGUCAGAGCUCAAACCUGCAAACUCACCAGAGAGUCCACACGGGGGAGAAGCCCUAUUCAUGCCACGAGUGCGGGAAGAGCUUUAAUCAGACCUCACACCUGUACGCCCACCUGCCCAUUCACACAGGAGAGAAGCCCUACAGAUGCGAGAGCUGCGGGAAGGGCUUCAGUCGUAGCACAGACCUCAACAUCCACUGCAGAGUCCACACGGGAGAGAAACCAUAUAAGUGUGAGAUGUGCGGGAAGGGCUUCACCCAGAGGUCCCACCUUCAGGCCCACGAAAGAAUCCACACUGGAGAGAAACCAUACAAGUGUGCAGAUUGUGGGAAACGCUUUAGCUGUAGCUCAAAUCUUCACACGCACCAGCGCGUCCACACUGAGGAGAAACCCUACAGAUGUGAGGAGUGCGGCAAGUGCUUCAGCCUGAGCUUCAACCUUCACAGUCACCAGCGCGUCCACACGGGAGAGAAACCCUACAAAUGUGAAGAGUGUGGGAAGGGUUUUAGUUCGGCCUCAAGCUUCCAGAGCCACCAGAGGGUUCACACAGGAGAGAAGCCGUUUCGAUGCAGUGUGUGUGGGAAGGGCUUCAGCCAAAGUUCCUAUUUCCAAGCCCAUCAGAGAGUCCACACUGGAGAAAAACCCUACAAGUGUGAGGUGUGUGGGAAGCGCUUCAAUUGGAGCCUGAAUCUUCACAACCAUCAGAGGGUCCACACGGGAGAGAAACCCUAUAAAUGCGAGGAGUGCGGGAAGGGCUUCAGUCAGGCCUCAAAUCUUCAAGCUCAUCAGAGCGUCCACACGGGGGAAAAGCCCUUCAAAUGUGAUGCGUGUCAAAAGCGGUUCAGUCAGGCCUCCCAUCUUCAAGCCCAUCAGAGAGUCCACACGGGAGAGAAACCAUAUAAAUGUGAUACGUGUGGUAAGGCCUUCAGCCAGAGGUCGAAUCUCCAAGUCCAUCAGAUAAUUCACACUGGAGAGAAACCAUUCAAAUGCGAGGAGUGUGGGAAAGAAUUCAGCUGGAGUGCCGGGCUCAGUGCUCAUCAGAGGGUCCACACAGGAGAGAAACCCUAUACGUGUCAGCAGUGCGGCAAGGGCUUCAGCCAGGCCUCGCAUUUCCACACCCAUCAGAGGGUCCACACUGGAGAGAGGCCUUACAUAUGUGAUAUAUGUUGCAAGGGCUUCAGCCAGAGGUCACAUCUUGUUUACCAUCAGAGGGUCCACACUGGAGGGAACCUGUAGAACUGGAAGGUGAGGAAUGGCCUCCAGAUAAUCCACGUCUUCAUCUCUCUUGGAAAGUCUGUGCUGGUAGUUGUGGGAAGUUCCUGCAGAACUUGGAAACAUCAAGGAAUCUUCAUGGGAAAGAAGUUCUAUAAAAUGCUGUGUUUUUAAAGAUCCAGUUGGGAGGUGAACUCUUUACUAACAUCAGGUUUCACAGAGGAGAGAAAACAUAGUCUAUAAAUAUGGUCAGUGGUUAUACCAGAGCUCUGAAUGCCCCAAUUCUCAAGAUGUGACACAAGAGUAGAAUCAUUGGCAUCCACCCAGGAGAGAAGGCUUAUACAUGAAGGUUAUGGGCAGGGCUUGAACAAAAGUGUAAUGAUGGACAAACAAUUGAUGUCAACUGCAGUGUACGCUCCACGUAGGGAGGGCUGUUUUUCACCAUUCUGUCUCUACCGUGUAGAACUGUGCUUGGCUCCUAAUAGGUGCCUGGCAAUUACUGAACCAAGGGGAGAAAAAUCUCUCUAAUUAGGACAAAUAUUUGAAAAUUCUGGUAGGCUUCCUAUCCUAAAUUCAUAACAUACUCAAGAGGAAUCCUGCAAGUCGCCUUAAUGAGACUGUACUUCAAUUAAUAUUUCCUAAAAUCAGAAUCGUGUAAUAUCGCCAUCCACAACAGUACAGAUUUGGACAAGGCUUAUGAAUGGCUGCCACCCUCCAUCCAGCUCGUUAUACGUACAGAAUCACCCAUUGUGUGCAGUGUAAUAUUUAGCAUCAUUAGUUUGUAUUUUAUAGACUGAAAGACUUUUUUAUUAAUCUAAUAACAUACUGCAACUUAUAUGAUUGGAAACUUUGAACCCUAAUUAAUUCCUUAAGGUAGGGUUUUACUGUAACUCUGAAAGUGUUAAAAGUAGUUACUAGUAACAGAAAGUUUCUUAGUAAACUUGAAUUGUU